AAGUCACAAUGGAGGCUACAAUGGAAACGUCCAUCGACAACCACAGUUUGACAGACGAAAUAGCGAUAUCAACAGUUGUGGAUGUGGACCAAAAUAACAUAGCUUUUCCAUACUAUAGCAAUACAAAUGGACGAUUGGUGGGUCAAACUGAUCUGAGAUUGCAAUUUCGUAAUGUUAACUACGAACUCAAAGAGCGAAACUCAAAAUUAGUUAAAAUACUCAAUGAACUAUGUGGCGAAUUUGUGUCGGGUCGCUUAACGGCUGUACUAGGUCCAUCAGGUGCAGGAAAAACCUCCAUGUUAAAUGUGCUUUCAGGCUUUAAAGCAAAAGGUGUUACUGGACAAUUUGAGCUUAAUGGCAAAGAACGUAACUUACUGACCUUUCGUAAGCUUUGUUCCUACAUUCCGCAAGAAUUUGCUAUGUUAGAUCUGUUAACUGUUGAAGAGACUCUGAAAGUAUCUGCAGAUCUUAAGUUGUCAACAGAUAAAAGUGCUAAAGAAAAACAAGAAAUUAUUGAUGACGUUCUGCAGAUACUUAAUAUGGUAAAAUGUCGUGAUAAUUUGGUGGGUACCUUAUCAGGGGGUGAACGUAAACGGCUUUCAAUAGGUGUAGAACUAAUUACCAAUCCACCUAUAAUGUUUUUUGAUGAGCCAACUAGUGGUCUUGACAGCGUUGCCAGUUUACAGAUUAUUAAUUAUUUACGUCGGUUAGCAUAUGACGGACGAAUUAUUAUUUGCAUAGUACAUCAACCCAGUUCACGCCUUAUGAAGCUAUUUGAUGAUGUUUUUGUAUUGUCGCAUGGAGAAAUUCUUUAUGGCGGACCUCAAAACGAUAUGUUAGCACAUUUUGAAGAAAGUGGUUUCAUAUGUCCAAAGUACUUCAAUCCAGCCGACUUCGUCCUGGAAAUAGGUAGUGUAGAACAUAAUACGAACAUUUCAGCACUCAUAGAGCGAAACAAACAUAAAUAUAGCAUAAAACAUAAAGGAUCGGCAGAAAGUCUGAAACACGAUGAAAAUUCUGAAAUGUUACCAACGUCUACAAUGAACACUCGCAUUGCAAUACAAGACAGCAACAAAACCAACAGUUUACCAGAACUCCAAAUUAAAUAUUUUGAAUUGCACAAAAUUGUGAGACCCAAAGAGCAAGUCAGUGUAUGUCGACAAAUAGUGGUGUUAACACGUAGGUCACUACGUUCCAUGUCAAGAAAUAUGAUAUCAGUUCAGUUGCGGGUUAUAAUGCACUUUGUUGUUGCAAUUUUAUUAGGCGUGGUCUUUUGGAAUAUUGGCAAUGAUGCUGCUAAAGCGAUUACCAAUUCUUCAUCUAUAUUUUUUGUGGUUUUAUUUCUUUUUUUUGGAAAUGCUUUGCCAUCCAUAAUAUUAUGCCAACAGGAGACUGCAGUUUUUUUACGAGAAUAUCUGAAUGGUUGGUACUCGGUUGAAGCUUAUUACAUAUCGAAACUCAUAGCAGAUCUGCCAUUGCAACUUUGCUGUCCAUCAAUCUUUAUAUUGAUUAUAUAUUAUAUGACUGGUCAGCCACUAGAAAUGGAUCGGUUUCUUAUGUGUUUUGUUGUUAGUCUAAUGAUUAAUAUAAUUGGUCAUUUUUAUGGAUUGGUAUUUGGUUGUUUAUUCGAUUUACAGGUGUCAAUAUUCUUGGUGCCGUCUACAGCUAUACCUUUGUUGCUAUUUUCCGGAUUUUUUAUACGCAUACAUGAAUUGGCUACAUUUUUACGUCCUCUAUGUGAUUUUUCGGCAUUCCGUUACACUUUAGAAGGUCUGAUGUUAGCAAUAUAUGGUUUCGAUCGUCCAGAGUUGGAUUGUCAUAUCGAUUUCUGUUAUUUUAAGUCGCCGAAGAAGUUUCUUAAGGAAAUGUCUAUGUUGGAUGCAAAUUAUAGUUACGAUUUGCUUGCACUUUUCUUAUGGAUUCUCUUCUUUAAGAUAUUAUUCUACCUCAGUCUAUUACUACGUAUAAGAAGAACGCAAUGACCAUGACUUAAGUUUAUUUACUUCAUAUACUAAAUGUGGUCGUUUUUAAG